AUGCAUUCCAUGGUCAACAUUGGAGAUCCACUGCUACGCGCUUCAUCCCAGUCAGGGAUUGGAACAGAUAGCGGAAAAUUAUCGAGAAGGUUCAAUAAUUCAUCGUCCAACGCAUUAUUUCCCUCUUCCGGAGCCUUGGAGUUUCGACCUAUUUUAAUUAAAAAAUUCCACUGCCAUGCCCAAACCCAACAAAACCAACUUCCUCCCCAAGCACAGUUGUACUCCCACCAAGAAGCUCCUCCGUUUUCUCGGUACAACCCGCCAAAGCACGCGACUCCCCUAACAAAUCCUCCAACAAACCGCUCCUUCGACUGCCCACCUCGAACCCCUCGUCGUUCGAGGUGGGCCCCACCACGAAGUCGCUGGACGAAGCUGCCGGAGUUAUCACCGGCGAUUGGAUUGAAGGCAGCCCUAAUCCCAUCAUAUCCGGCCCGUUGUCAAUCCCAUCAUAACCGAAAUCUUUGUACGGAACCAAACAGGGCACGGGCAGGGGAUCCGAAAGGCCUUGAUUGA